UCUCAGAAUCCAAUCGAAGGAAAAGAUUAAAAACCCAAUUUGGUGAUUAUGAUUGAUCGCCAUCUUCAACCACUUUCACCACCAAACUCAAUCACUCUUCUUCUUCGUCUUCUUCCUCACCAAAAUUGCAUCCAUCUCUACUCCUCUCGUCUCUCUGCUCCAACUUUGGCCAUGAGAACCCUCGUCGGAUUCUACAUCCUCUGUCUUCUACUCGGACAAGAUCUUCCUUUUCUACUAGCAGAUGACGUCAACUUCAUCAACGACUCAACCCAAAACCUCUGUUUUGCAACUCGUUUAUCUGACUUCCUCCCACCACCGUACAGCAACAUCUCCGACUCCAUGCCGUGUACACCUCUCUGGAACACAUUCGUCUUAAGGUACUCUGAAAACAGAGACAAUGUGAUGACGAUCAUAGUCUCGGCUCUAUACACGACCGGGUGGGUCGGAGUUGGAUUCUCCAGAGACGGGAGGAUGGUGGGAUCGAGCGCGAUGGUGGGGUGGAUUACGAAGAAGGGUCAUGCUAAAAUCAAACAGUACUAUCUUCAAGGAACAGAGAGAGACCAAGUUGUGCCGGAUCAGGGAGAGUUACAGUUACAGAAAGUUCCUCCUGUGGUGGCUCUUCAUGGAGCGAUGAUUUAUUUGGCUUUUCAGGUUAAGUUUACCGUUAAAGUCCCUCGUAGAGCAGUGAUUCUAGCGUUUAGCACAGCUUAUCCUUCGAAGCUGGGUCGUUUGAGUAAGCAUGAUGAUAAAACUACUGUCAUCGUCGACUUCUCCAAAGCAAAUGGAGUAACGUCCAUGCAAACGACGGGUUCUACGGAGAAGACUAAACAUGGAGUAAUGGCGAUACUUGGAUGGGGUUUCUUACUUCCUCUAGGAGCAAUCCUCGCGCGAUAUCUCAGACAUAGAGACCCUCUUUGGUAUUAUCUUCACAUCGGUAUUCAGUUCACCGGCUUUAUCUUCGGUUUAGCCGCUGUUAUUCUCGGGAUUCGGCUUUACAAUAGGAUCCAACCAGAUAUACCUGCACAUCGAGGCAUUGGGAUCUUUCUUCUAAUCCUUAGCAUUCUUCAGGUUUUGGCUUUCUUUGCGCGGCCGCACAAGGAGACAAAGAUGAGGAGAUACUGGAAUUGGUAUCAUCAUUGGAUUGGGAGAAUCUCUUUGUUCUUUGGAGCAGUGAACAUUGUUCUUGGAAUUAGAAUGGCUAAUAGUGGAGAAGAUGGAUGGAAAAUUGGAUAUGGGUUUGUUUUGGCGGUGACAUUACUUGCUUUUAUUGUUCUUGAAAUAUGCAGGAUUCGUGGCUCCAUUGGUUCACCUUCUUCUCACACACCUCCUUCUUUUGAGACACAUCCAAGUUCUACUAGUAGUGUCUGAUUCAAGAUCCUCUGUCGUUUGUCAGUCCUCUGUUUAUGUACAUACCUUUUUGGAUUUUGUGGGGUGAAGUAAUUUUGCUGAGUGAAGUUUGUUUAGAUUAGCAUGGUGGAAUUUUUUAUUUUGUUAAUUUUCUUUUUAAUCUCUCUUUUUUUUUGUCAUUUUGACUUGUAAAUUGGAGUUUUCAAGGUUGCUUUUCAUAUACUUCAUUUUAUUAUUA